CUUUACUUUCUUCUCACCUUCCACUCUUCCACUCUUACGUCCUAACAACCAAUUUAAUCUCGCCAUCGCCGCUUCAAGGCCUCGACUAGGCCACGAUCAGCUGGAACACCAUGGAUAUCACCAAUUUCGUGGUUUCUGCGAGAAACCAGGCCCUCCUCUAUGGAGAUUAUAACACCUACCACAAACAACUAGCCAAGAAGCUACACAACUGUCGAAAAAGGUUGAACAUUGUGACUAGAAACCGGGGAAAGUUUAGCAAGAAAGAACCCAUCUCAGCCGAGAAGCUGUCGGAAAACCAUGAGUAUCUCCACCUCCAAUUAUUGACAGCCGAGCGAGCUUGGGCACAUGCUAUGCGCUUUAAAGCCGUCCACUCCGCCGAUACCAAGGGUAUUACAGGGAGAACCCGUUCCCACAUUAUAUCGAGACUCGAUAAAGGCGCACGCGCUGCCGAAACCCUUGUCAAUGUCUUAUCCGACGCCUCUACUAGUGGUGCUAGCGAUACUGAUAUACUAGAGGCACGUGCAUAUGCUUCUAUGUUACGAGGCGCCACUCAGUUUGAAAAACAAAGUUGGGAGCCAUGCCUACGAAGUUACGCGACCGCACGUAUUAUAUACACAGCGCUUUCUACAUCCAUGAGAGGGGAUAUUUUCAAGGACCUCCUGUCAGAGACUAUCGACCCUUCUAUUCGAUAUGCUGCCUAUCAAAGCAAGGUUCCAAGGACUUUGGCGAUACCAACAAUCGCGAGAAAGGCGUUUCCUUCUUCCGACUCCGCUUUGGUCGAACAAAUCAAUAAACUAGCCCCAGACUUAUUGAAGAAAAGUGAUUCCGAUGCGCAGAAAGGCCAAGUUGGUGCUCCGAAUGCACCCCAGACUAUUACAUGGAGAUCUAGAGAAGUCAAGAUUGAAGAUGCAGCGAUCGCUCUUGCGCUGGCCUCGACUGAUACAGCAACCGCACUCCUAGAAGAGAAACUAGCAUCAUCCGACGUUACAUUGCCAAGAGAAAUGGCUGCGGCGUACGACGAAGUACUUAUAGCUAGUCAGGAUGCAGCCGACGCUACCAAACAUGCCAUUGAUGAACUAAAGGAAGAGGGCGUGUCACAGAAUGAUCCUCGAAUACAGAGCUUACAAAUAACGCGCACAGCGGUCAACUACCAAAUGAUCAGUUGGAGAAUUGGUCGCAAUCGAGUGUUAAGCGGAGAACACGAUGGUGCCCUAUUGGAUUCAGCACCUACCACCACCCGAAAGUCCAAAAAGGACGCCACAUCUCGAAAACCAAAGAUAGAACCAACUGGAAGGAAAAUUUCUCGACUCAAAGACAAAGUGGUGCUUUACGAUUCUACAUUGCAGAGCAUUGAUUCGAUUAAGGAACUCCCCGGUGUCGCAGCGGAUGAAGGGUUACUUGAACAGUUAGAAGCGACCGCCAAAUAUUUCCGUGCUCUCAAGUCCCUCUCUAUUGCGCGGUCGCAUUCCCUGACUGAUCAAUCACCUAAUGCUUAUGUUCUCACUAAACAUGCAUUUGAUGAGUGCCAGCAAUCUGCUGCAUUGUUUUCAAAGCACGGUGCAUCCUCCUCUGACUCCUCUCCCCGCAACAUAGAAAUUCGUCAAGCUGAUAUCCAAUUCCUCCACAAUCUUCUAAAAGGUGAGCUCCAACGAACUCGCGCCAUUGUUCAAAUAGACAGCCAGCGGCAAAAAGCGGCAGAAACUGUUCCUCCACACGGAGGAUCUCCAUUGGUUCAACGUUUAUUUGAAUACCCAGAAGGGGGUGCGAAUUUGAAUCAUCUCGUGGACUUUCCACCCAAAAUGGAUGUUAUCCCGGUCAAACCUUUAUUCUUUGAUGUCGCCUGGAACUACAUUGAUUACCCCGGAAAAGAACCUGUCGCCGCCACCACUCCUGAGCCCGAGCAAAAGACAAAACAACAGGCUCAGUCACAGAAGAAAGGAUGGUUUGGCUUCGGAAGAUAGUUGGUCCCUAUCCGUCAACAAUCUGCGAUUACCUAGGUACAUAAAAUAUACCAAAAAUGAGAGGGUCACGAGAGACCCUAAAAUUUUAACAUUCAUCUUAUCUUGCGUAUUCUCCUGUGAAAAGGGCUAUUUCAUUAAGGGGUAUCUAGGUCAAGCUGUGAUAGUAUGUCUUACUAACCAAAAG